AUGGCGUCGAGCCUCCCUUUACCUAUUCCUCCACGCACGCCGUCCCCUCUAUCGGACGAUGGCAUGGUCCAUUUAUCGUACGCCAAUGCAAGAGUACCUAUCGACCGCGAUUCGUUGUCGCCACUGAAGGAAUCCUUCCCCAAGGGCGCCGCUCUAGAACCUGUGAAAUCGGAUCGCCUUAGCCCUACAAAAGCUUCGUUCAGCUUUGGGACUAGUCCCCCAGAGAAUGGGACCCCAACGCAAAAUGGCUCGGGCGACUCUCCCAGCGCGGGGCCGUUCAAUUUCAAUACCACUGUUAUGGCGAAGAGUCCGGUUGUCAAAUCGAACAUUGGACAACGUCGUGGCCACAAAUACAAGCACAGCAGUAUCUCGCAUCAGAUCUUCCUCGAGCCCCCUCCACGCGCGCCUCUCGCUCUGCCCAAUUCACUCCCGAUGCCAACAUUGAAGGAAUGCCGGUCUAGCAUGUCGAAGGACCAGAAGACACGGUUUUGGUGGAGCGUGUGCCACAUGUUCGUGGCCGCUUACACGCUCUGGAUGGCACACGGGUCACUAGCCAUGACGGCAUUAUCCCAUCUGAUAUUGUUUGACUCACUUGGAGCACUUUUAUGUGUCGCAGUGGAUGUUCUGGGUAAUUUCGAGGUAUGGAAGAGAUCUAGCAUUCGCCACCCAUUCGGCCUCGAGCGCGCCGAGGUGCUCGCUGGCUUUGCCAUGUGUGUGCUCCUCAUGUUCAUGGGUCUUGACUUGAUUUCCCACAAUCUGCAGCAUUUCCUAGAGAAAUCUGGUCAUGAACCCCACCAUAUGCAUGUUCAUGAGCGCGUUUCUUUAGGCAGUGUGGAUAUUACUGCUGUGCUGGCUAUUUCCUCAACCCUGGUUUCUGCAAUUGGAUUGAGAAAUCAUGCACGAAUUGGAAAGGCUAUGCGCUUUGGAUAUAUUGAGUCACUUCCUUCGGUGCUGAGCAACCCUUCCCAUUUCUUGACCCUUUCCUGCUCCACCCUUCUCCUGCUCUUGCCUCUGGUAUCGAUUCGCAUAUACGAUUGGCUUGACAAGCUUCUGUCCGGCACAAUUGCUCUUUCCAUGUGCUUCCUUGGGGUGCGCUUGGUGAAGACCCUGGGAUCAAUGCUUCUUAUGUCCUAUUCGGGCCAAGGGGUGUCUGAUGUCAUCAAAGAUAUUGAAGCCGAUCCAGCGGUAUUCGGUGUUGAUGAUGCGAGGUUUUGGCAGGUUCACUAUGGUCUCUAUAUGGCCAACCUCAAGUUGCGAGUCUCUGGCACAGAGGAUGGCCUUGGUCGACUUCGAGAAAAGAUAUCAAGCUUGAUUCGGAACCGUCUUGGUGGGGGAUAUGGGACCGGAGGACAGAAGUGGGAAGUGUCCCUCCAGUUCACCAUUGAAAAAAUAUAA